CAUACCCCCCUUGCUCUCUCUAUGCUCUCUUGGUAAAUAGGACAGGAGAGAAAGUGGAGGUAGGCCUUGUCCUCUGGGUACGGUGCUCCACCCCUUCUCUCUGCCCUGGUGUCUGGAGGACUCCUGUGUUCUGCUUGCCUGUCCCGGGGAAGGGUUUCCACAUCCGGAUCCGUUGGGCUGCCCAUUUGACUGUGUCCCUGGGGGCCAGAAGGGUUGAACUUUUAGUUCAGUAGCAGAAAGCUCAGUGGUCAGCACCUGGGAGGGGUCAGCACCUGGGAGGGGGGUCUGAGAGUCUCGAAAACGGGAGAGCCCUGAGAACGCUGAGUCUUGGCGUUUUUCAAGGGAAGGAAGCCCUGGGGACAGGCCUCCUGGGUUUACCUGGAAAUUUCAAAUUAACAGACAGGCUCGGCCUCAGAAUCCAGCCUGCCAGAGAAGGACCUAUAGGCUACUCUGGAGGAGUCUGUCUAGGAGGGGCCUGAGCACUCACUCUGCGUGGAGUUGGGUAGAGCGGGGCGGUAGAGCCCCGGGAGGCCCGCCCCUUGAGUACAUCUCUCAGGGCCUCUGCUCCCAGGGUUGUGUGCACAUCUGGGCAGCUGGUGGGAGCAUGAACGGCUCACAGGUGGGGGCUGCGGCCAAGGCUGCCUGGCUGAGCUGUUGUAACCAGUCCGGGCUGCCACUGCAGCCGCCGGAGGGGCCGCGGAUGGUUCAGGCAGUGGUGCUGGGUGUGCUGUCCCUUCUGGUGCUGUGCGGGAUCCUGUUCCUGGGCGGUGGACUCCUCCUCCGAGCCCAGGGCCUGAUAGCACCACUGACUCGGGAGAGGCGUGCAUCCCAUGAGGCCGAGCCCGGAGCCUGUGGAGGGGAUGACUCCUAGGUUUCCGGCUGUUCUUGAGAGAGGGUCAGCCCCUUCUGUGCCUUCCAGAGCCCAUGUCUGUGGAGCACAGUGGAAGGUCCAUCCCACACGCUCUUGUCUCCUGCACAGAUGCUGGAACCAGCUGUACCUCUUGGAGAGCUCUCCCUCCACCCCGUUUGUGCUGCCGAGGACGGACUGAAGAUACCUGGACUGUGGUGACGCCUCCCUCACUCUGGGAUCCUGGCACUCAGUGCUGCCUCUGAGCUGCUCCCGGACACCUGGGGUGGGUCCAGGAGACCCAUGCUCCAGGAACACGUGCGUCUGCUUGGUGACUGCUGUGUGCUCUGGGCACUGAAGCGGCUUCACACCCCAACUGCUAGUGUGUCCUCUGCACACCAGGCCCUCAUGGACACACAUGCAACUCCCGUCCUGCCUGGUGCUGGACAGUAGUGUCCUACAGCCCAGCAACCUGUUGUAAGCUGUUGUUGCUGAGAACCAGCAAUGCACCAUCACUGUCCAGGGCUCGCUAUUAAACAGGCCAGCAACGCA